UGCACUGUAAACAAAAGCAGAACGGUAAAAUGAAGGGUAAUCUCAGAGCCUAGAUCUCCUGUUCAUAUCAAGUUCAUGAUCUUAAAUGGUUUUCUUUGGUUUUCUUUCCUGGACAUAAGGACUUUGUAACUCUUUACCAUGAGUGCUCAUGAAAAAGUUGCUGCAAUGGAUGGAUGAUAAAUCAGCCUCAUUGUAAGUCUAUAAUGGGUGCAGGAAUUUUAUGACAAAUGGUAUUGUUGUCAUGGUAUAUUUUUGUGUGAGUUAGUGGAGUCAUAAGCGCCAUGAAGAAACAAUUCUUUCGAGUGAAGCAAUUGGCAGAUCAGACCUUUUCAAGGGCUGGAAAAACAGAAGUAUUAUCAGAUGAUCUUCAAGGUGCUGAUCGCCGAGUCGAAGUUAUCCGCAAUGCCUGCCAAAACACCAGCAAGAAAAUGGCCAGCAGUUUGCUGGCCCAAGGGCAGGAUGCAAACGCAAUCCGCGAAAAAAGACUGAAAAGGAGUGCAGAGUAUUUAUUGGGUUUGUCAAUGCUGGAAUCAGGGGAUCGCAAUGAUGAAGAUGGACUUCUUGGGAAUGUUGUUGUGGAAUGUGGAAAAUUGCAAAUGGCCCUUGCAAAUGAAGUUGUGGACCAUGAAGCACGAGUGGAAGAAAAAGUUGUAACAUUGCUGCAUGCUGUGUCUGAAGGCGAAGUACCCAAUAUUCAGAAACUGAAAAGAAACUUAGCAAAACUGAUUUUAGAUAUGGAUUCUGCUCGUACUAGGUAUCAAACUGCUGUGAAGCAUAGCGCCAAUCAAGCAGGUACAUCAAAAGUUGAUUCUAUCAGAGAGGAAUUAGAAGAUGCCGAACUCAAAGUGGAACAGUGCAGAGAUCAGCUAGCAUCUGAGAUGUUUCAAUUAAUAUCCAGGGAAGCUGAUCUCGCCAAAACCAUUGUAGAAUAUGCCAGAUUACAAAAAUCCUACCAUGAAAAAGCACUGUCUGUCCUUGAAGACUUUUUACCUGACUUGGAGGCCGUUGUCUAUGAUAGUCAUAUCAGACCUGUAUUUGGUACACCACUAGAGGAACACCUUCGAGUUACUUCAAGGAAAAUAGCUUUUCCUAUUGAGCUGUGUGUUUGUACCCUGCUGGAACUUGGUAUGGAAGAAGAAGGACUUUUUAGGGUGGCUGGAGGCUCUUCUAAAGUACGGCGAAUGAAGUUAAGUUUGGAUGCUGGCUGCUUAACGUUUCCAACAGCUCUUGAAUAUAGAGACCCUCAUGUGAUAGCAGGGGUUCUAAAAUCGUACCUCAGAGAACUACCUGAGCCAUUAAUGACAUAUUCCCUUUAUGAUGAGUGGAUGGCAGCAGCAAGGGUAUCAUCAUCCAAUGAUGCACGCCUCCAGGCUUUGUGGUCUGUUGUUCAGAAAUUGCCAGAGGCCAACAGAGAUAAUCUCCGCUUUCUGGUUAAGUUUCUCUCUGCCCUUUGUCGCAAUCAAGAUGUGAACAAAAUGAGCCCUCAAAAUGUGGCAAUAGUCAUGGCACCCAACUUGAUAUGGAGUCCAACAUGUAGUCAAGAUGCUACAAGUAUAGGCAUGAACAUGAGCACUGCAAACUUUUGCAGUGUAAUUGUUGACGCUUUAGUCAGUUUUGCUGACUGGUUUUUCCCAGGAGAGGUUGAUUUUUAUGUUACCCUAUCACGUGAAGUUGCUGCUGAGCUUAUGAAUGGUAUCCCAAACACUCCUCAUCCUGGUCACACUCGAAAUAGCAGUGCUGAUGCAGCACUGGUUGAUACUUCAGUAGGUGGUGAUAUGCACCGCACUCAGUCAAAUAGCAGUCUCUCUGACUUAAAUAACAGCCCUCCUCAUGGCAGCCCAAAACCUGCCACUCGCCAUAAAAAGAAGCCUGUUGCACCAGUGCCCCCAGUUAUGGCAAAUACAAAUCAUUCCUCUGGAAAUACGGCACCUGUCACUUCCUCUGCAGUCAAGCCUGCAAAUAGUGCCACUCCCAAUUCCCAUUCCAGUGCAACUGUUACAACAUCGGCUAAAACUGAAAAACCAGGAAAGCCACCACCACCUGCAAAUGCACCUCCAAUAACAAGACUUGUUGAAAAACCUGCCAAACCUCCUCCACCAGUUCUCACCUCAGAGAAAGCCACCUCUUGUCCGAAUGUCAAAAGUGGAGUCAUUGUUCAAAUUUCAUCCAAUGCUGACUCCUCUCCAAAAACAGUUGGGAUGGAUGCUGUGGUAGAUAAAGAUUCUCAUAAGAUUGCAGCCCCAAUUGGUUUUGAACAUUUUGCAACUGAGUCAUCAAAUUCCCCCUCUGUUUCUUCAACUUCUGUCUGUGAUAACCAAUCAGGAAGUAUUAGCAAUUAUGGUGAUGACAAACCAAGUUCUGCAGGUACUGCUGCUAACAGCGACAGUACAUUUGGAACUUUAGAAAGGAAAAAACUGCAAAGACCUACACCUGUUGCUGCCCCCAGAACAACUUUACUGCACAAGAGUGAAAACCAGAAUCUGGGCAACGGUCUUGCUCCUCUAGCAACAGCAGAAGAUGAGUUUGCAACAGUUACUCUCCGACGCAACCCAGUAGAAGGAGGGGAUCCUAGCCACAAGCCUGCCAUUCCAGAACGCCCUGCAACAUUGCAACGCCCACUUAGCUCUUCAUUUCGUCUGAACAAACAAGCCUCAGAAUCUGGCUCAACAGUAACAAAUAUGUCAAGCUCUAUGUUUUGCUCUACAGAAACAAAUCUCUUAGGCACGUCUGGAAGUGCAAGCGAGGGUGAUGCUGUGUUGGACAAGGUGGUACCUAAUUCUAAUGAAAGACAACAAAUUUCUGUUGUACACCUUGGUGGCAAGACAGACUGUGCUUCUUCUACAUCAGAGCACCAAGUGUUGCAAAGAUCAGCUUCUCUGAGUGGAAGACCAAACCAACUGACAAUUCAUAGUGGCGAUAAACCAGAGCGACCGCCAAAACCAGAAGUGCCUGUUGCAGCAGAGAGAGUCUCAGUCAGUUCCCAGCACACUAGUCAUGCUGCAAAUUCAGAAUCUGGCGAAAACACUCUACCUUGCGGUGGUCAGUAUGGGUCAUGGCCUCGUACUCCGCGACCCACUACUCGGCCCCAGCCCCCCCCACCCCCACCUCCUGGCCGGCCAAGAGUAGACAGCACAGACAGCACAUCAGAAAGCACUGACCUUUGACUGCAAUCUUUACUUGCUUCCAUGCAGGGUACUCACAAUACUGCUGCAAUGAAGACACAACUCUAAUAACCCCAAAUGCUCCUAAACAACAGUAACUACAUGCAAGAUAUUCAGAAUAGAAUGUAGUUACUACAUUGUCAUGCAAUGCCAGUGCUUCCUUUUGUUUGGUGCUUGCUGUGCACAUAGUUUUAGUGACACAUGUGUGAGAUGAUAGGUGUAGUUGUUGAUCAUUUACCAUUGUAAAAGACUGUGUGAUUUUUAAAAACUUUGUUGAGUGGACCAUUGUUUGUAGAGUAUCUCAUGACAUGCUCAUUUUAUCAGCAUAUCUUAUGUAGACAUACUGUAUUUGUAAUUUUGUAAACAUAGUAGAAUGCACCCUUUUUUAUUGUUUGGAAGGUUGACUAGAGAACAAGGUAUAUGGUUAAAUUAUACUAUCAACUCAAUCUAGUUUGAACCAAACUUUAAAGCUGAACCGUAUACAUAUGUAAUUGUUGAAUCCUUGUGCAGCUAAACAUAUAGUCAGAUGAUAAAUAAAAGAUCUGUUUGUUGGGUUUAAUAAAUGUUUAUCUGCUUCUAUUUCUUGUGACUGUUGUUUCAUGUUGUUACAUUCAUGUCUUCUGCUAAGUACACUUGUUAAACCCUUGUGCAUCAUGCUCAAGAAAUUAGUUUGCCGUCCAUUGAUACACUAAAUUUAAAAAGAAGCAUAUCUUGUUAAGUUUUUGUCUGCUCUUAAGUUUGUCUGUUGGCACAAAAGCCUCAAAAUACUGCUUUAGGAUCUAAAGUAUUUAACUCGCUAAAGAUUUAUUCUGCAUUUUAUUAUGUGUCUUGUUGGUUAGGAGUUGAGUUCAGUUUUGAGCAAACCAUUUGCUCGGAAAUACUAGUGCUUCUGCAUUCUGUUAUUGUUAUAUGUAUGCUGAUUACUAAUUUUCUGAGAUAACCAAAAUCUGCUUGUCAUUCUUUUCACUCUCUAACUCAAGGUCUAGCUCCACUUGGGGUUCAUAUCUUGAAUUGAAGAACUGCAGAACAUGAAAAUUGAGGCAGCAGAUAAUUGGAUCAAUGUCUAAUAAUUGUUGAAGACCUGCAAUAAAUAUUUAAAGCAUAUCUUUUGUAUACUUGACUAGAAAUUUUAUUGUGUAAAUGAAUGUUGUUGAUUUGGACUAGUAAUCAACCAAAUGAUUUUUGUAAUUUAAUAUUCUAAUUGCAGUUAUGAGGGCUUAAAGUUAUGUGAGGAUAGGCAUGUAGGAUAGUGAGUAGACCCUAUCUAAAUUGAGGAUUUCAAUUUCACAUAUAGAAUUAAGUUACUUUGCCUGUUUAAUGUUUUUCUUUGCUUUGCUUCUGUCAAAUAUUUUUGGAUUGCUUUGCUUAAUGCUUUUCAAGACAGUUGUUGCUAACUCUCGGAUGAAGGCUUUUUUUAGACAUAGUAACAUUCUACUGAGGUAAUUUUACUCUUUUCUGUGUGUAUUUUUACUUGAGAAAGCCUUCUUAAUUUUGGUUUGUUUAGCUCUAGCAUCCAUACCAAACUUUCAAUAUUGGCAACAGCCUUCUUGUAUGAAAUUGAAAUCCUAUAUAAGACAUAAAUUAAUUGUGAUGUAGCCUUUAUAAGCUUUGUUAAUGUUGAAGUGAAUUUAUUUUGGUGUUACCAUGGCUACUUGUUAUUUUGUUCUAUGCAGUACUCUCAAUUAGUACUCUGUGAUUGUGUGGGUGAAGAUCAAUACAUUGUCAGAGUCAUUUUGUACUCUCAUAUUUGAGGUGUUGUAGCAGUGCUGCAAUAUUCAACCUUUCUUUCAUUCUGUCUCCCUUUAAAAAAAAUCUUUGAAAUCUUAUCUAGUCUUCAGAUAUGCAUGACACUUGUUCUCUUGCUAGAAAUUUAGUAAGGUCAUUGUAAUGUUUUCCCAAAUGUGGCUCAUGAUUUGUGGUGCGUUAUGUAAAUCCAUCUUGGAUGUAUUCCUGUGGUAACAGCAGUAGCAGCCUUUCUGAAGAUGACUGUAACAUGACAAUAGUUGCUUUUGCAUUUCAAUUAUCCCAAGUGAUUUGGCUCUUGACAAUGUAAGAAGCUUCUUCCUUUUGAUUUAUGCAUAUCCUUUUUUUCUUUUUUGCCUCCUGCAAACAAUGUCUUAAGACUGAUGGUAUGUCAUUCAGGCCCCCAGAAGAGUUGUUUCUCUCUUUCAGUGAAAAAUGUGCUGGCAUGCAUAGUACCAUUAUCUUCUGGGUUUUUUCUCUACACAGUUCCUUUUCCUGGUUAGGCAAUGCAACAUUGUUCUUCAAUUCUGAAUGGCUGUGUGAUGGGCUAGCUAGGUCUGUAUACAAAAUGGUAUUAAUGUGUUGUCUUCCAUUAUUUUUAUUUUUUUGUAGUACUUAAGAUCUUGGAAACCAAUGUCAUCCUGUGCUUACAGGAUUUGCUUCGAAGCUGAUGAGCCUCUUACCCCUUUUCUCCAGUUUUUUUCUUUGUUUUUAGUUGAUCACUUAGUUAUUCUUGCAGUUAUCUAGUGUCCACUUUGUCCUUAUGUCAUUAUUUAGUUUUAUUUUCUUUGACUCUUUUGCACUGCUUGUCCUACUCUUAGAUUGCAAUGUAUGAGACGCACAUUCAUGUUGAUUAUUGACUAAUUACACAUUAUGUACACUGAAUUUCAGAAAUUAGUGUUCCAUGAUUAGUUUCUUAAAAAAUUUCUGUCAAGUUAUUUUUAAUAACUCAUUAAACAUUAAUGUUAAGAAGCUUGUGAUUCAUUGUCUUGAAAUGUAUGUAUGUAUUUCACUAUUUCUCACCUGAGUGAUGAUCGACAUAGAUACAGUCAAACACUUUACAUUGUUUAUUUAUUUAGUUACUGGAGUGUGUACCAAAGCUACAGGGUGUAAAUUAUGUUGAUACCAUGUUGAAAUCUUGUUUCAAGUGUGCGAUUCUCUAAAUGAGAAUGUUCAUAGAAAAUGGGAAGGGAAAAUAGCAUCCCUUUAUGGUAUAUGAGAAGGAAGUAGCUUUAGAGGCAUUUGAGAGCAAUAACCAGAAAGUUUUAGCACAUCUACCCUGUAUUUUUAAUAGUGACACUGACAGUUUCUCAAAUUUACGGAACUCAGAGUUGAGGCUUUUCACAAAUUUCUUGGAGUAUUGAUCCAAUCAUUCCAAUGAUGUAGGUUUUACUUUUACUUCCUGUUUUAGUUAUGUGGUUGCACAUUGAGUAUAGUGCCUUUGUGUUAGAUGAAGAUCAAUGUAAAACGCUCAAAAACUUUCCAGCUUACUUUUCUCUUUAAAAAAACACGUGCUUGUCUUUCUAGGGUGAUUGAGUCUCAGCUGUACUAAAAUAAAUCAAGUACUAAGAGUA